GGGGUGGGUCCUCUGCUCGUGCUUACUUGUCGAGGCUGCAACCGCCUCCCUCCCACCCAUUCUCCUCGCCGCCGAUCAAUUCGUCGUCGUCUCUCCCUGCCUGCCUAUAAGAAGAGGCGGAGACGACAGCUAGCACCGGAGGAAGAAGGCGAUCGGGGAGGGAGAGGGCGAUCGGAGUCCGAGAUGGAGGCCAGCAACGGGCAGAUCCAUCACCACGACGAGCAGCCGACGGAGGAGAAGCUCAUCAUCGACACGGAUCCCGGCAUCGAUGACAGCAUCGCGAUUAUGAUGGCAUUCCAGUCGCCGGGCGUGCAGGUGCUAGGGCUCACCACCAUUUUCGGCAACUGCACAACGGAGCACGCCACACGCAAUGCCUUGAUCCUGUGCGAGAAGGCAGGCCAUCCUGAGGUUCCAGUAGCAGAGGGAAGCCAUGAGCCUCUAAAGGGAGGAAAGCCGUGUGUUGCUGACUUUGUUCACGGAUCUGACGGCCUCGGGGAGAUAGAGCUUCCUGAUCCCACUAUCAAGAAAGUUGACCAAAGCGCUGCUGAGUUCUUGGUUGAUAAGGUCUCGCAGUUUCCUGGAGAGGUCUCCGUACUUGCUUUGGGCCCUCUGACGAACGUAGCAUUGGCCAUCAAGAAGGAUCCCUCCUUUGUAAAAAAUGUUAAGAAGAUUGUUGUGUUGGGUGGAGCCUUCUUUGCAGCUGGAAAUGCCACCCCUUCUGCUGAAGCAAAUAUCCACAGUGACCCGGAGGCAGCCGACAUAGUUUUCACUUCUGGGGCUGACAUCUACGUGGUUGGCCUCAACAUCACAAUGCAAGUCAGCUUCACAGAUAAGGAUCUCCUGGAGCUGAGGAACUCGAAAGGGAAGCACGCGCAGUUCCUAUGCGACGUGUGCAAGUUCUACCUGGACUGGCACAUCGAGUCUUACGGCGCCCCUGUGAUUUUCCUCCAUGAUCCCGUGAGCUUCGCCGCUCUGGUUCGCCCGGAUCUCUUCACGUUCAGGAAGGGCGUGGUGAGGGUGGAGACCCAGGGCAUCUGCGCCGGGCAUACCUCCAUGGACAUGUUGCUGAAGAAGUGGAAUUCGGAGAACCCGUGGACUGGCUACUCGCCGAUCUCGGUCGCGUGGACGGUGGACGUGCCCAAGAUGGUCGCGUUCGUGAAGGAGCUCGUCACCAGAGAGUGACGAAAUCAGCUGACUUAACAUGAGUUGUUUGUACCGUGACAAUCCGAGCAUUGCGUUGCCUGCCUGCGCCCUGAUGCGCACCAAAUUUGAGAUGCAUCAACAUUUGACGUACUGCAAAGGCUAUUCUCAGAAUCAUCGGUUCUAUGCCUCUGGACUGCAAAUCAAUUUGGGAGUGAGUCAAGGUCUUUGUAUCAACUCGAUGUAACGAUCUUGAGUUCAUAAAGCUUCCUUUAUCGGGGAAAAAAGUUCAGUUUCA